CGUUCGGAACUACACAGCUCCAAAAUUCUGCAAUGACAAACGAUCAAUCACAGUCGUUGAUCUCGGAGACUAGUAAACACUCGCUCGAUCAACGGCCGGAAUCACCCAAACGCCCGUCGAAAUUACCCAAGGUAAGCGACGACAACAUCGCCGACGCCGGCGAAGAGGAAGAGCAGAAAGAGUCAGUUACUAGAACGAUGAAUCAUAAUCCUCGGCUACAGCGGUACCUGAUAGCAAUCGAAUACAUAGGAACUCGCUUCGCCGGUGCGCAGAUACAACCUAAUUGCAGAACUGUCGUCGGUGUUCUUCAGGAAGCCUUCCAGAAGUUUGUUGGACAACCAGUAUCAGUAUUUUGCUCGAGUCGAACCGAUGCUGGAGUACAUGCUUUAUCAAAUGUUUGCCAUGUAGAUGCUGAAAGGAUAAGCAAAAGGAAACCUGGUGAUGUGAUAGGGCUAAGGCGGCAUACACAUCGCCCUCCCCAGACCCCACUUGUUGGAUUACACUGGUUACCUCCUUAUGAACCUCUGGUGGUAAAAAGAGCUGUGAACCACUUUUUACAGAAGAACGAGGGUGAUAUAAUGGUUGUUGACGUUCGGUGUGUUCCAGCCGAUUUUCAUGCCAGAUAUAAAGCUCAAGAACGCACGUACUUCUAUCGAUUGUUAUCUGGACCGGAGGCAGUAUCGAACUUUGAGAGGGACCGGGCUUGGCAUGUGCCUGAGAAUCUGGAUCUUCUUGCCAUGCAGAAAGCAUGUAACAUUCUUAUUGGACGUCAUGACUUCAGUUCUUUCAGAGCAGCUGCUUGUCAGGCCAACUCACCCAUCAGAACUCUGGAUGAACUUAAUGUUAUUGAGGUCGUUUCAACUCCUUUUUUUCCGUCAAUCUCAGAGAGACUAAAGAGCAGUAAUGUCAUGGAGGAUCCAACUGUAGCCUUGGGUUCAGACACCAACCACUCUCAAAUCUCUUUGAACGCCAAUGAAGAAAAGUUGGAAGGUUCAAACGGUGAGGCUUGUCAAGAGUUUGGCCUUAGAAGAAGACACCGUUGCUUUGUGGUAACCACAAGGGCACGAUCUUUUCUUUACCAUCAGGUUAGGCUGCUUGUUGGAGUCCUUAAGUCAGUUGGGGCCGGAGAUCUAACAGUUCCAGAUGUAAAACGCAUCCUUGAAGCAAAAUCCAUCACUGCAGCACCUCCGAUGGCUCCUGCUUGUGGUCUCUAUCUUGGACAUGUCAAAUAUGAUUUGCCUCCCGAGAGUAAUCAAAGCUAAUAAGAAGUUUUUUUGGCAAAUUAGUUUGAUGUUGAGUGUAUUUCAUUAUCGAGCGAAUUGAACAGCUUCUUGUUGACCAACUAGCAUUGCUUGCAUUAUUAGGUGGAUGUAAGUAGUGGGUAUCAAUUAGAUAGUUUGAUUUGUUAUGUUAUGGUCGACCUCCACGAACAUCUAAUGUUGGGAGUUGAAACGUAUUAUAAAAUUCAUGAUUAUGUUG